UUCCCGCCUGCGCCAGGGACCUGCCCGACUCAGUGGCCGCCAUGGCAUCAGAUGAAGGCAAGCUUUUCGUCGGAGGGCUGAGUUUUGAUACCAACGAGCAGUCACUGGAGCAGGUCUUCUCAAAAUAUGGACAGAUCUCAGAAGUGGUGGUCGUGAAGGACAGGGAGACCCAGCGAUCAAGGGGCUUUGGGUUUGUCACCUUUGAGAACAUCGAUGAUGCCAAGGACGCCAUGAUGGCCAUGAACGGGAAGUCUGUGGAUGGGCGGCAGAUCCGGGUCGACCAGGCUGGCAAAUCGUCUGAUAACCGAUCCCGCGGGUACCGAGGUGGCUCUGCCGGGGGCCGGGGCUUCUUCCGCGGGGGCCGAGGCCGGGGCCGUGGGUUCUCCAGAGGAGGAGGGGACCGCGGCUACGGGGGGAGCCGGUUCGAGUCCAGGAGUGGGGGCUAUGGAGGCUCCAGAGACUACUACAGCAGCCGGAGUCAGGGCGGCAGCUGCGGUGACCGGAGCUCGGGCGGGUCCUACAGAGACAGCUACGACAGUUAUGCUACACACAACGAGUAAAAAUCCUUCCUGCUCGAGAUCGUCCUUCCAAUGGCCGUAUAUUUAAAGAUUUUGGGAGCUCCGCUGAAUCGUUAAUGUGUAGUGAUCACACCUCCUUGUACCCACUUUUGUAGUCUUAUUGGUUCUGAUCUUGUCAAACACAGCCUGACUGCUUCUGGCCCCCAGAUGGCCUCGUUACUAUACUUUGCUUUUAAGGAAGCGCUGUCCGUUUUUAAGAGUCUUAAAAACGUUUUGAAGAGCACUUCCAGUUUUACUUUUACCUUUUUACCGUGAGCCAAGAGUUUUUUUUUUUUUUAGAAAAUCACCAGGGGUUGUGAGAGUUUUGUUUUUUGUUUUCGGUUGUGUUGCUUUUUUUCUUUUUCUUUUCAGUGGGGUCGGCCCUGUGAAGUUGGGUGCCCCGAGUCACUUCUCUUUGAGAUUGAACAGACUCUGAAUCUGCUCUUUGUCGGAAGCUGAGCAAGUUGUAGCUUUUUUCCAACUCGGUGUCACGUUUCUGAGUGUAGCGUGGUAGAACCGUGCGGGUGGCAGCAGAGCGCCCGGGCUGCCCUGGCCCGGCCCGGGCGCCCACCUGUCCUGUGGGACCCACAGUAGACUUGCAGACAUCCCCGAGAGGUUCUUGAAAAUGUGUAUUUAUAUUGUCCUUUUUUGCCGGAAGACGUACGCAUAUCCCGUCAAUGUUGUAUCUGAAGUGGUGAAGGAAUUCUUGUACGCAGUUUUCUUUGGCUUCACGAAGCCGAUUAAAAGACCAUCUGAAUGAA